AUGCAGAACCUCUUAGAGGGUUUACUUGAAGCAGCUGAGAUGAAAGUCAAACAACAAUUGACAUUCACUGUGAAUCAAGCAUUCACUAUGAAGAGCUUUGCUGACACAAUCAUCAUCAUCAAUAAGAAUAGAGAAAACCAGAUCUUAGGCCUGCAGCAGAAGAUUGAACAUUUACACAGACAGACAACUACACUGAAUCUGAAGAUUUCAUCACAAUUGUUCAUAAUCUCUUCAGAAGUGUACACAUCAUCAGAGAUCACUGCACAGAAUAAGAAUCUGAGCAUGAAAUAUAUCAAACUGAGAGAUCUGUCAGAGUCACUAAGCUUUAAUAGUGACUGA